AUGGGGUUUUCACCGUACUUGGACGAAUGUCGGCACGGUUUUUGGCCGAUUCAGCCAGCGUGCUCUAAAGUUUGUUUUAUAUUAUAUUUUUCGAAAACAAAACUUUUUGAGGUCAUAUCUUUCGGUGUAUUUUUGGCAUUUACUGUGCUACACUUGAUAAUUGUCUUUUUGCCCAAUCCGCCAAGCGGUUAUCGGAGAAUCGGUUAGUUUGAAGGUUUUUUGAAGGCGCAGACGUUAGAAUUUAUUUCAAGACUCUUAACUAUUCUCCCUUCUAUUUUUCAAUCUGAACUUCUUCUUUUUUGAUAAAUAUAUGUAGUCUAUUUCGCGCAAGCGUGUCACUAUUUUUGUUUUCCUCGAAGAUUCCUUUCGAUGAGCGCGGCCGCGUAUUAAAUCUAAAAAGGAGUUAUUUAUCUUCAUUUUAAUUAUAGAUGGGAUUUUUUUCUUAGAAUAUUAAUAUCUUUGAAAUUUUUUGGCGACCCUUGGAUGAAUAUCAGCCAGAAAAUUGAUUUUAUUUACUAUAAACGUCCAAUCUCGCUUUUUGCGCGUCGCUUUUCAUGCAUCGCGUGCACUGCGUACAACACAUUUUAUUUUCCGCCGUUGUGGUGCGUUGCGCGCGGCCUUUUUCUGUAUACGCGCCUUUAAUAUAACGUAAUGCCGUGUUCAAAGUAAUUUCCGCGAAAUGCAAAAUGGUCUCUGACCCUCCAAAAUUAAGUUAUGUUUCUCUUUCUCUGACGGCUAUUUUGAAUUUCGCGGAAUCACUUUGAACACGGCAUAAAUUUUGGGCCAAAUAAAAGGCGCAUGGACUCAAUCAGGCCGCGCGCAUCGAAAGGAAGCUUUACAAAAGCUCAGAGAAAAAAAAUCGCGAGAAGCUGGAGCAGAAUGGGCUAUGUUAAAAAAAAUUAUGUGUAAGGAAAGAGGCGCCGAAAAAAAAAAAUGAAUACCACAGUUGUUUUAUAGCCCAUUCCGCACCAGCUUGUCACAAUUUUUGUGUCCUUCCAAGCUACAGGAUCACUAGCUUCGAAAUUCUCGUCCUUAUAUCUGUCCAUGCGCCUUUUAUUUGGCCUGAAAAUUCCACUAAAUUAAAGGCGCAUGCUCAAAUAAAGGUCGCGCGCCUCAGAGAGAAGGGAUCUGUAGCUCGAAGGAUAAUCGAAAACUUAACAAGCUGGCGCGGAGUAAGCUAUAUGGAGGCGAAAUCCAAGGAGUUUUCCACAAAGUGAACUUUCGAAAAUUCACAGGAGCCCCCUGCGUCGUUAAAUGUUUCCCAUCAAGCUAGAUUUCACUGUUGAUAAUUUGAGUGAAAUGAAAUAAUUAUAUUUUUAACUUUAGACUGCAACGGCCAUGUGGUGCGAACCAUCCCGGCUUCUCUCAUUUUCUCCGUUUUGCUGACUUUUUUGCUCGUCUGCGAGAGCAUUUUCUAUCUUUCCUAUGUCUUCUAUGUUCAUACCUACACUCACAUGCUCCUGGCCUACUGUAUUGCCAAAUUGGUGGGUCUCGAGUGGAAAAUAUUAUUAUUCGCAUGACUUCAGUCGUUCUGGCUGUUAUCUCUCUGCUCGUUGGUCCGAUGGCGAUUUUUGUCCCAUUUGCCGGUUUCUUUGGCUCUCAGCUUCUCGGCCGCUUUAUUACUCGAUUUGUGGCCGAUCACCGCUUGGAACACCUAUUUUGAUAAGAAGUGAAUUUUGAAACACGAAAUAGACCGAAUUUGACAAUUUCAGAACCCUGAAAAAUGGAGAAUUUCUAUUUUACGUCAUCGAAACUUCCCUGUCUUCCGCGGUCUUCUUCACGGCCUUGAUUGCACCUUCUCUGGGCAAGGAAAGCGCCGAAUCGGUGAGUAAAAAUAAAUUUCAGAGGAAAAUAAAUAAUCGCAUUGGAAAGGUAAGAAGAAAUUCAGUUCAAGUAAACUGAAACUAGAAUAAUUUAGUCCAAAAUGCUUGGGAAUUUCAGAGUGGUCCCUAUAGGGGUUGGGGGGAAAAAAACCCUUUCGGUGGCCGAAAAAGUGGUCCCUAUAGAGGUUUAGGGUCUGACCAUUAGCCCCUGAUGCUUAAGAGGACCCUAUAGGGCUCUCAAUUUCAUUCAAAAACGCUAAUUAUCCAGUUUUUCCAAUGGAAAUGCUUCUUCGCUUGAGGUUUAUAACAACUAUCGACUAGAAUGACCCCUAUAAGGACCUCUUUUUCAAGCUUUAGUGGCCGGGGGUUGGUAAAGUGAUCCCUAGAGAGGACUCUCCAAGAGCCCUCAAGGUUUCUCCUAUAGGGCCACUCUCGAGAACACUCUCCUUUUUUUUUGCCCCUAUGGGGACCACUCUGCAGAAAGUUCCCCCUAUAUGGUGCACUCUCCUUUGUUUUGUGCCCCUAUAGGGACUUCUCUGGAGAAAGUGGCCCCUAUAGGGACCACUUUGGAGAGAGUGCUGCUUUCUUUUUCCAAGCUUCUGAUUGACCCAAAUAUAUCUGGUAUUUUGUUUGGUCGCUUAUGGACAGGCUAAUGAUUUACUGCGCCAGACCUGGAGCGGCUUCUCGCGCAAAGUCUCCUUGAUCGCACCGUACGUCUGGCCAAAGAAGAGCGUCGCCUUACAGCUUCGGGUGGCCGUUUGCAUUUUAUUACUCAUCAUUGGAAGAUUGAUCAAUGUCGCUCUACCGCUCUACAGUAAAUGGAUCGGUAAAAAUCUUCAAAAGGAUAUUUUAAUGGCCUUCAAAUUUCAGUGGACAGUCUGGCCAACCCUGCGACUUUCCAAUAUUCGCUGAUUUUUAUUUCGACAGUUUUAAAGUUUCUGCAAGGGAAUGGAGGUCGAAUUGUAACAUUUAGAGUUAAAAAGUCCGUAUUUUUCAGCGAUGGGAGGAUUUUUGAACACUCUGAGAACUUAUUUGUGGAUUCCUAUUCAGCAGUAUACGACUAGAGAGUUGGAGGUUUGCAAACAAUAAAAAAAGAAGGAAAAAAGAAUAUUUGAAGGUGGAAUUAUUCGCCCAUCUGCAUUCGUUGUCGCUCCGCUGGCACUUGUCCAGGAAAACUGGACUCGUUUUGAGGGUUAUGGACCGGGGAACGAGCUCUGUUAACAGCAUUUUGAAGUGAGAAGAGUGAAAAUUUAGCUUUUGAAGUUGGGGAUUUGACUGGGUCCAAUAAGUCUGAUCUAGGAGAGAUUUCGAUUCUGGAAAGUCCCAAAAAUAUACAAGAAAGAAAAAAAAAAGUCUGUGAGUAUAGUGCAUUCCGCACGAGAAGGUUGAAAAAUAACAAAAAAGAAAAAGCUACCGUAAACACAAUUUUUUGCUCUAUAAAUAAAUUCAAUUUACCUUUUAAAAAGGUAACUUCGCUUUUCGAAUUUUCAAAUUGUUCUUCGACCUCUUUAGAAAUUAGGAUUUUCAGACUAUAUCACACAUGGUGUAGGCUUGAAGACUUUGGAAAAACCAUAUUAUUAGAAAAAUAAUCUUGAAGGAGAUUGACCCAUUGAAAGUUGAGACAUAGUUGGACAAGUAGAGAGCUAACUCAGCCCGGGAGGAGUUCGAUCACAAAAAUUUUGGCAAAUUUGAAAUAAGAUCAAAUUACAACCUCAGGGAGGUAUUUUCGGCAACAAUAAUACAAGUUUUAGCCUCAGGGAGGUAUUAUUAGCUUUAAACUAGGAAAACUUGGGACAAGGGGGUGGCGGCCUCAAAAAAAAUGCACAUGUAUGUUUGGGUACUGAAUUUCUCCAAGAACACGAGAAAGCUGACAACUUUUCACUCAACAGAAGAAACGCAAAUAUUUAAAAUACAAAAAAAGUUCAUUUCCAGCUACAUUCUGUUCAACAUCGUCCCGACAAUCGCCGACAUUGCCAUUGCCGUCGUCUUCUUUUUUUCGACCUUCAAUGUUUAUUUCGGGAUCAUUGUCUUCGCAACGAUGGCCUUGUACUUGGGUCAGUAUAUAAUCCAAAAAUGAGCUAAAAGAAAAUUUCGCGAUGGAGUAAUUUGGCAGCCUGGAAAGCGAAUUGUAGAACGAAUUUAGUGUUUUUCGAAAACAUCGAAGCGGAUUUGAACAGUUCGAGAAGAGAAGAAGAUUCGAAAUCUCUCUUUUUCCAGUCGUGACGAUUUACGUGACCGAGUGGCGGACCAAGUUUAUCCGAUUGUCCAAUGAAAUGGACAACAAAAGCAGUGCGAUGGCCACGGAUUCGUUGCUGAACUACGAGACGGUCAAGUACUACGGAAAUGAGACCUACGAAGUCAAUCGCUUCAGGACUUCUAUUCAAAAGUGAGAUCUUUUUAAAAAUAUAAGCGUUACUUAUAGCCUAUUCUACACCAUUUUAAAAAAGACUAACUUCGAAUCCAGACCUUUGCAGUUUUUAGAGCAAGAGCUUUUUUAUGCUGUGCUCUUAAAUUGUGACCGUCUCCAGAAGAGCAUUAAGCUUAGGCGAAUUGUUCGUUUUUCGUUUUUUCAUUCGUUUUUUUUUUGAUACAUUAGGCCACGCCAUUUUUUUUUAAAUAAAUAGUUUGGCUACGCCCCUUUUUUGAUUAACUAGGUUAGGUCACACCUUUUUUUAAAACACAGCUAGAUUAAGCCACGUCCUUUUUUUUUAAACAUAACUAGAUUAGGCCACGCCUUUUUUUUUAAAGCAUAACUUGAUUAGGCCACGCCCUUUUUUUUCAAAAAUUAAUUUUGAGGUAAUUCAUGAGUCAUCUUGGAAUAUUUUCAGCUACCAAGACGCAGAAUGGAAAUCGCAAGCCUCGCUGGCCCUCCUCAACAUGUCACAAAAUGCGAUUAUUGGAGUCGGCCUCAUGUCGGGAUCCCUUCUAGUCGCUUAUCUCAUCACUGUGGACAGCACUCUGACGGUUUUCCUCACACUUUUUCAAACGGUAAUUAUUAUUUUCAGGUCGGCGACUACGUGCUCUUCACCACCUACAUCUUGCAGCUCUACUCGCCGUUGAACUUUUUUGGAACUGUCUACAGGUUUUUCCAGAAGAAAUAAUGAUAAAAUAACUUCUGGGAGCCUUCAGAGUGAUCCAGAAGUCUUUCAUCGACAUGGAGAAUAUGUUUGACCUGAUGAACGAGGAGAUUGAGGUUUUUGAGGGGGAUAAACGUGAAAUUUUACUGGUCGCAUGUGGAAUGGCUCAACAGCAGUUUUGCUUGUAUUUUGAGCAUUUAUAGCGGCCGAAAAUGGAUAAAAAUAACGGAAGUUCACGGGAAAAUGGCAAAUACGACUACCGGGGUUGAACCUAGGACAUUUGGGGUGAUAAUUUAAGCGGUCAGCCGCCAAAAUCGGACAAAAAAUGACCAAAACCCACGUUUUCCAAGCCGAAAAUGCGUGGAAGAAGAUUUUAUCGGCAAAAACGACUACCGGGGUUGAACCUAGGACUUCUGGGAUGAUAAUUUGAGCGUUCAGCCGCCAAAAUCGGACAAAAAUGAUGAAAUUCCACGUUUUUCAAGCCGAAAAUGCGUGGAAGAAGCGGUUAAUGGCAAAAACGACCACCGGGGCUGAACUCAGGACCUCUGGAAUGAUAUCUUAAGCGUUCAGCCGCUAAAAUUGGACAAAAAAUGACCAAAAUGCCCGUUUUUCAAGCCAAAAAUGCGUGGAAGAAGCUGAUAAUGGCAAAAACGACUAGCGGGGUUGAACCUAGAACUUCUGGAAUGGUAGUUAGCGGGUGCCAAUCGAGCCAAUCCGAGUACAUUUUUUUAAAUCUGAUUUUUUCUCAAUUUAAAAAAAUUUCAGGUAAAAGACAGCCCGAUGGCUAUCACUUAUCAGCCGACGGAGGGAAAAAUAACCGUCAAAGGCUUGUCAUUCUCCUACAAUCCUGAGAACGUGGUCCUGAACGAUAUCAGCUUCGAAGUCGGCAAAGGACAUACGGUCGCCUUGGUGAGAUUUGCUGAGGAAAAAAAAAAAUAUAACUUUUAGCUGAAUUUUUCAAGUCGGUUCUGACCUUUUCGUGUUGGAAAGUUCUACCGAAGUUUAUGAAAAAUGAAUUUUCGGAGUUAUUUUUGAAAAAAAAAAUUGGGAAGAAAAGAAAUAGGAAGUUUUUGAAUGUAAUGUCAAAGUUUAAAAAAAGUUCAAAAAAAUUCAAAAAAAGCCAAAUAAGGAAGUUUUUAAUUUGAACUAUAUAAAAUUCUCAAAAUCAGGAGCGAUUAUUCAAAAAAGCCCAAAAGGAGUAGAAUUUCCGGCCUUCAACUUUAAAUAAUUCAGAAAUUCAAAAAAAAAGCCAAAUAAGGAAGGGGAAUUUGUAUUGAUUUGAACUGCAUAAAGUUCAGAAAAUCAGGGGUGAUUAUUCAAAAAAAGAAAAAGAAGGACAAGGAAGUUUUUUCGUAAUCUAUUGAACUUUAAAAAAAUACCAAAUUAGGAAUGAUCAUUAAAAAAGAGCCAAAAAAAGGAGUAUAGUUUGUUCAUAUUUUGAAUGUCAAGUAGAAUGACGUCAUUCGAAAACGCUCUGUGGAUGGCUCGCUCUCAGAUUGGUUUAUCGCGUCAUUAGGGGCGGAGCUUGAACGAAGACUUGACUUUUGCAAUUUGAACAGACUAUGGGAUUUUUGCUUGUACUUGAACUGUAUAAACUCGAAAUAUAAAUCAAGGUCGGACCGUCUGGAAGCGGAAAAAGUACGAUGAUCCGCCUUCUGUUCCGAUUAUUCGAAGCCGGCAACGGAGUGAUCGAAUUCGACGGAAACGACGUCAAAGAUGUCAAACUGGCGUCUCUAAGAAAGCAAAUCGGCAUCGUCCCACAAGAUACCGUCCUCUUCAAUGACACUAUCAAGUUUAUCCACCAUGAAAUGGAAUAAAUCAACUUUUCUUACCUCAGGUACAAUAUCAAGUUUGGCGAUCCCAAGGCCAGCGACGAGGAAAUCAUCGAAGCGGCCAAGGCAGCCAUGAUCCACGACAAGAUCGUCUCCCUUCCUGAUGGUGAAUUUUGGACUGAAAUUGAGAUUUUGGAUCGUGUUUUUAGUUACAAAACUCGCAGUUUUUACAAGAUUCUUUUAUUAAAAAAAUGUAAUCGAGAAUUAAGCUCAUCUUUGUCGUGUUACAGAACGGAUCACGAUCGAUCGAAUCAAAAAAAAAGUUCAAAAAAAGUUUUUAACUUUAAUGUUCCAAAUCGAGUUUUAAGCUCAUUCUUGUCGUUACAAAACCGAUCAUAAUCGCUUUUUUUUUCGAAGAUUUUAUGGAUUUUCAAAAAACAAAAGUCUCAUCUUCGUUUUAGUCUUGAAAAAUGUCGAAAUAUACAAUUUCACUCCAAGACUUUCAAAAUUAAAACUGUCUGCGCUCUCUCCUUCUCUCGCUGAUCUCACAGCUUUCUGAGAGAUCGAGAAAGUGCAGACGGUUAGACAGUUCAUCCAUGAGGAAUUUUGCAACUUUCUAGCGAAAAUUUGGUGUAUUUCAACUCCGAAACUUUUUUUCGUCUGAUUGUCUGCGCUCUCUUCUUCUCUCGCUGAUCUCACAACUUUCUGAGAGAUCGAGAGAUUGCAGACGGUUAGACAGUUCAUCCAGGAUUUUAUUGGAUUUUUUUUUGAAUGCAACUCUCUAGCAAAAAUUAGGUUUGCUUCAACUCUGAAACUUGUCAUUGUCUAACCGUCUGCGUUAUCUUUAUCUCUAAACGGCGAAGAUCACGAGACAACCGCUGAGAGAGCGAGAGAGCGUAGAGAAUCAGAGUUUUGAGUAAAUGUUCGGGAUGACUUUCAAAAGCCUCAUUAUUUUUUAUGUGGUUCCUGAUGAGAGAGAACGAGAGAGCGCAGCUAGUUAGACAACUAUUACUUCAGGCUACGAAACGCUGGUCGGAGAACGAGGCCUGAAGCUUUCCGGAGGCGAGAAGCAGCGUGUCGCCAUCGCUCGGACGAUUCUGAAGAAGCCCCAGUUCAUCUUCCUGGACGAGGUCGGUUGCAAAUCGAAGCUCUGUCUUCAGUUGGAGAAGUUCAGGCGACGUCGGCCCUGGACACGCACACGGAAAGGGCGAUCCAACGUUGUUUGGAGCAGCUCUGCUCCUCCAGAACUGGCGUCGUCGUUGCUCAUCGGCUCUCCACCGUCGUCAACGCCGACAUGAUUCUGGUCCUCGACAAGGGCAAGAUUAUCGAGCGCGGAAGGUAUAGCUUGCAUCUGUAGUUUGAACAUGAAAAAAUUGGAAAACUAUUUUCAAGGAAAAAAAAAUGAGUUGAGAAUCUCCUGAAACUACUAGAUCUUCGGCGGGGAGAUGAUUUAUAGCUUGAGCCAUCGAAAAAAGGGUCCUGACACGAUAAUGCACGAGAUAGCGCUUUGCUUGUGGAGAUCGCAGACAGAACACGCCCCCUUAGCGUCCCAAGCUAGCCGUGAAGCUACAUAGUCUGCUCAGAUUUGAAAUGUCAAGUAGAAUGACGUCAUUCGAAAACACUCUGUGGAUGGCUCGUUCUCUGACUGGUUUACCGCGCGAUUAGGGGCGGAGCUUGAGCGACCAAUUGACAUUCAAAGGUUUAACAGGCUAUAGAUAUGAAGAAUAAUAUUCACAUAUAGUCUAUUCAGAUUUUGAAUGUCAAGUCGUCGCUCAAGCUCCGCCCCUUAUCACCCGAUGAACCAAUCAGAGAGCGAGCCAUCCAUAGAUUGUUUUUGAAUGACGUCAUUGCACUAGACAUUAAAAAUAUGAACAGACUCUUUGAGUUUUCAAAAUAUUUUAUUUCUUUUCAGAUUUUGACUUGGCCAGGAAAUAGAGUUCAUAGAAUCAUGUGCACGAUAUUUCAGUUUUUCCCAAGUUUCCGAUUUUUUUUUUCCAGUCACAAGGCUCUGUUGGCGUUCAAAGGCGUCUACAGCCGCAUGUGGGCAAGCCAGAACGCUGAGCGAAGAUCCGUUUCUUCCUCCGAGCCUGGAGACACCCCAGAAUGA